UUAAGGCUCAUAAAAAAAUAGGGUGCAUAUAUAUAUAAUUGAUGUUCUUUAUCAAAUUUGUCUCCCCCUGGUGGACUUCCUGAGAUAUUAUAGGAAAGUGACGACAGAAAGCUCCACCAAUUAGAGGCGGGGAUGCCGGUCAGGUGACUAAUUCUUCGCCGCCAUCAUUGUUAGUGGCAGUGAAGCUUGCGUGGAGGGUGACAAGAAGCACCAGCGGAGCUUCGUGGAGUUCUGGUCCGGCUGUGAGUGAGUGUUGUCUGGAUAUUCAGCCAUGGUUCAGACGUGCUCAGCGUACGGCUGUAAGAACCGCUACCACAAAGACAAAGAGAUUUCUUUCCACAAGUUUCCUCUGGCCCGUCCAGAUAUCUGCUGUAAAUGGGUGGCUGCGAUGAGGAGAAACAACUUCAAGCCAACAAAGUACAGCAACAUCUGCUCCCAGCACUUCACCGAAGACUCCUUCAAGAGGGAGUGCAACAACCGUGUGCUGAAGGAGAGCGCUGUGCCGUCGCUCUUCACCUUCAACCUCAGCAUCAAGCAGUCAGAGUCCCUGGAGGAUCCCUUCCCCGCUGAGAACCUCUUCCCGCUUUCUCUGCCUCUGACCUCUGAACCAGUGGAGGAGGAGGAGCCUGAGGGCAACCCGCUUGACACCUGCAGCGUCGCGAUGACAACGACCUCAACGACGACGGCGGUCUCCUGCGACCACAACUACACGGUAGAGGACUCGGCGCAGCAGAAAAGGCGCAUCGAGCUGCUGGAGGAGCAGGUGGAACAUCUGAGGAAGAAGCUGAAGACGACGCAGCAGAAGUGUCGGCGGCAGGAGAGGCAGCUCAAGAGGCUGAAGACCGCCCGGGAGGCGGCACCCAGGAUGGCCCGUCAGUCGGCGCCGGAGCCGGGCUUCAGUGAGGGAUAUGUGAUUUUGCCGAAACACAUCUACCACAGUUUGAAAGGCAUGGAGUGAGGCGGAGUGGAGAAGUUUCAUCUGCUGCUGAACUGAAGGACACAAAUAUUCACACAUCUUUCUGAUUUUCUCUUUGUUCUCUAGAGCUCGGGCUGCACUUAAAUGACUUUUUAAAGCUUUAGGUUUUGGUUUGGUUUCAAGAGCCAACAGCUCUUCAUACUUGAUGCACACAGACUGAUGGUUCUUGUCACUGUGAGGAAAACAAAGCACAGUUAUGCCCCCCCCCUCAAAAAAAAAGAAAAAACUGUUGAACUAUUCCUUUAAAGAGUGCUUUUUAUGUUCUGUCGAGGUGUUACCACGUAAGCUGAGGUGAGAUCGUCAUCUCUGGAUUUUCUUGACCGAUUUCGUUGUGCCUUGCAGGAGCAAACAACAGCUUCUGUUUUACACUGUGCUGAAUUUCUCUAGGAGGAUCAUCCCAGUGAGGAGAGCUGGGUCUGCAGCCACAACUGAGCAGUUUUCAUCUGAAGUGUCCACGGUGUCGAAGCUCAAAGGUGAGAGCCGAGGCCGUUAUGAACCAUGAUGUUCGGAGGCAUCUGAGGUAGAUCGUUAGGAGAAUCGAUCUGAGCCUUUAGGUUUUGAGUUUUGCAAAUGAAAGAGGAAAAAAAGUUGGUAAACCAAAUUCAUCAGGAAAAUAAACUUUUUUUGUACUCUUUGAUCUGUAUGAUGUCAUAGAGAGAUGAUAUCCUGAUAUGGUCCUGUUGGGCACAGAAGCAAUACCCAGAUAAUCAGAAAGAAAGACGGCUCAAAGUCGGAGAGGCUAAAACGCCUCAUUUCAGACAGAGGAUGAACUGAAAACCCGGUAUCAAAAAAAGAGAUUAUUUUGAACUGUGACUCAUGCAAAGCUGCUCUGAGAGUUUAUGAAUUGAAAACACGAUGCUGGAAAUGUGCUGGAUAGAUCCCCAUUAAACAUUCUGCUGUUUAAUAUGGAAAUAAAAUUUGGCAGUAUGAAAUUAACUCACUUGAGCUUCUCUGCUUUUGUUUUCAGAGUUUUGUUUUUUACUUAAAGGCUGAUUGAAGUACAUUUGCUGCAAAAGCAGCUUUACAUUUUUCAGUGUUUCUUGAGAUGCAAAAACACUGCUUGUUACUGCUGAUGUGCAAUAAACUGAAGCCAUAUACGAGCAG